UAACGUAACAAUGAAUACCGAAUGUGUAUUAGUGACUGAUUUUGAAAGGGUAUGUCGUAUUUGUAUGGAAUUCGCUGAUAACCUUUUAUCAAUCACUUCAUUUAAGAUAAUUGAAAUGAUUUCUUCGUGUACUUCUGUACAGAUUUGGGAAAAUGAUGAGCUUCCAAAUCAAAUUUGUAAUACAUGUUUUCUUCAGUUACAAAACACCGUGACUUUCAAACAAUUAUGUGAAAAAUCUGAUAGUACUUUCCGUCAAAUCAUCGAACAAACAAAAGUGAAAAUCGAGAAUAAAACAGAAAAUUUUGAAUUUGGAUUAAAAACCGAUGAUUCAAAUGACAAUAUAAGUAAAAUUUUACAACCUGAUUUUACUGAUGUAAAAGUUGAGCAUCAUUCUGAUGAUUCUGAUUUCGAUUAUAAUAAAGAUGAUGAUUUAUCGAAUCACAGUUUUAAAUCAGAUGUAAAACUUGAAAAUACAAAAAGUGAGGAACAUGACAGCGAUAAUGAUUCAGAAGAUGAUGAUAAAAAUGGACCAAAACAAGUAUACAAAUGUGAAAAAUGUAAUCAAGAAUUUAAAAAAGCAUGUAAUCUUGGAAAUCAUAUGCAUCGUCGUCAUAGAGCAAAAGGCACUAAAUGCAGUAAAUGUUCUUUAGUAUGUUACCAUCCGUUACAUUUAAGUGCUCAUGAAAAAAUUCAUUCUCCUAGUAAUUUCCCAUGUAAAGUAUGUAAUAAAUCAUUUUCAAAUACACAUAAAUUGAAACGACAUAAAUUUAUCCAUGGAGAACGCAAUUUUGCAUGUACAAAAUGUGAUCUAUCGUUCAAAGAUAAGUGGAUACUCAAACGACAUGUAAAAACAGUUCAUUACGCUUCACAACAAUAUGAAGCAUGUCAUGUUUGUGGUAAAUCAUUUAAAAAACGACAUUUUCAAAAGCAUUUGGCCACACAUGGUGAUCGAGUUAUUUUCAAAUGUGAAAUAUGUUUAAAAGAAUUUUUACAUAAGCAUAACUUAGAUCAACAUAUUAAAUAUGUGCAUGAGAAUAUUGAACGUGAACGUAACCAUUUAUGUAAUAUAUGUGGACGUGGAUUUCAUAAAAUGGACGAUUUACGACGACAUUUUCUAACACAUACCAAGGAGAAACCUUAUGCUUGUGAUAAAUGUGAUAAAAAAUACCGUACAAAGUAUGCGUUAACUACACAUAUAUCACGUACACACUUAAAUGAACGUAAUCAUAUUUGUACAUUUUGUUCACGUGCAUUUUAUGAUAAGAAAAUUCUACGUAAUCAUGUACGUACACAUACCGGUGAAAAACCAUAUCAGUGUCAUGUGUGUGAAAAAUCUUUCAUACAAAAAGUUGCACUUACAAUUCAUAUGAAAGUGCACACAAAUUCAAUAUAAAAUGGAUUAUUUAUUUAGACUACUCACUUUUAUGGAGGAAUAUUGUUUAUAACGGCUUCAUUUAAGGUUACACAAAAUAAAAUAAAAUACAUAAAGAUAGUUAAUUUUAUGCCAUUAAUGUAAAUGGUUAUGAGUAUAUUGGCGCGCGCCAGUUAUGGGUGGCUCGAACUUUGAAAAUUUUCUAACUGGAAUUGGCAACAGAGUGAGAACCAUCUCUCCAAGAUGAUUGAGAAUGAUAAUAAAUGACGAAGCAUGAUUAUUAAUGCGAAUGUCUUAAUAUAUAAUAAUAAUUGCCAUUUAAUAAAUAUUAUUUAAUCAUUAAACUUUACUAAUCUGUGAUACAUGCCCACUUUAAAAUAUUGCAAAUAAAACGAUAUAUAACCAUUUUUUAGAUCUUUUAUACAGAAUUAAUUAAACAAACAGUAAUUAAUGAAGCAAUUGAUUUCCGUCAAUACAACCAUGCGCAUUGAAUAUCAUGCUUUGUUAUUGUGUUUCUCUAUCAGUUAUUUGAAUAUUGUGUUGUUGUCUUUAUUAAUCUUCUCUGUGAAGCAAAAAUGUAGAUUCUUGGUACACGAUGGGCCUAUCUAGUAAUAGAUGACCUAAGGGCUCUAAUUAUACUCAUUCCGUAAGGCCGUACGUCAGCAAUAACGUGACGAAUAUUACGCAUUGAUAACUUCUAAGCCAUCAAUCAUCCUUGAUUUAUUGGCGUAAAUUAGCGAUCAUAUUUAUCCCCCCAAAAAAUAUUCCCAUGGUGUUGUCACAUAAUUGACACACAUUCAGAUCAAAUUUCAGUUUGAUUGCUUAGAAUUAUGCGUUCAUCAAAUGUGCUCUUCACUAAUGAACAUAUUGUGUCGAUUUAUUAAACCCAGAGCUCUUUCACGUAUUAUUAUUCAAUUUUGAAACUCAAAAAGUCAGUAAUCUGAUUGAUCGUUUAAUCAUUGAACCUAAAUUUCCAUUCGAUGGAAGAAUGUCGGUUAAGAGUGGUUAAAUAAUUACAUUUAUUGAAAGAAUAUUUGUAUUAUAGAAUUAUAUUAACAAAUUUAUUGUGUUGUCACAUAAUUGACACACAUUCAGAUCAAAUUUCAGUUUGAUUGCUUAGAAUUAUGCGUACAUCAAAUGUGCUCUUCACUAAUGAACAUAUUGUGUCGAUUUAUUAAACCCAGAGCUCUUCCACGUAUUAUUAUUCAAUUUUGGAACUCAAAAAGUCAGUAAUCUGAUUGAUCGUUUAAUCAUUGAACCUAAAUUUCCAUUCGAUGGAAGAA